AUGGCAUCGCUACAGGCGCUAGGAGCUGCAGCCCAGGAUCGCAAGGCUCGACUUGCUCAACUGAAAUCGCUCAAACGAAAGCAGCCGGAUUCAAACGAUACUGCCACGGUUGAUAUCGACGCAACACCAAAAGCCGCAAUUCACGAUGCCAGCAAUCACGAAUCAGAUACGACGAAGAAGUACAUCUCAGGCAGAAACUACGACAGCGAAACUAGAAACGCCAAGCUUGGGUUUGAGCAGGCGCCAUCAGACGGUAGGGACACCUUGGAAAAGCAAGCUGCUGCUCUAGCCCUCGAAGUCAAGCAACAGAGCAUAGAGGCAGAGAAAACGGAGACUCCUUUGGAUCUUUUCAAACUACAACCGAAGAAGCCCAAUUGGGACCUGAAGCGGGACCUGGAACGCAAAAUGGAUGUACUGAAUGUACGGACGGACAAUGCCAUAGCCCGAUUGGUACGCGAACGGAUCGCCAAUCAGCAACAGGCUGCGAAAGCCCGCGCAGCUGCCAGUUCCGACAGAAAAGUGACUGGGUUGGAAGACAGCGGUCGCAGUGAAGCGGCGGGAAUAGAUGGUACGACUCUGGUGGAAGCCGCGAAUAUCCGUGAGCAGGAAGAUGCAGAAGAAGCCCGCCGUGAGCGCGAAGAGGAGGCAGCGUUGCUGGACGGAAGUUGA